GGCCGUGACCAAGGUGGUCUUGGAGGAGGGGGGAGGCCGUGACCGGAGUCUAGCUGCCCGCCUGAGUCCCGACUCCCAUCUGCUCGCUGCAGCGGCGACCCCCGCGGAGGAUGCGCGCGGCCGACAUCUUGUCUCCCCGCCGUCUCGUCUCCGGUGCGCGUUAACGGCGCGCGGCCCUCGCUCGCGUCUGCGGGCCGUCGCUAUGUGACGUCGCCCUCGGAUCGGUGUGGCCGCCAUCGUCAGCGUCGACAAUGACGAGCGACGCGCAGGAAAUGUCGCCCGACUUCGUGCUCAUGCGUGUGGUCUCCGCGGCCGAGGAGGACCGCCCGGACGCGGAGAGCGCGGCGGCCGUGGUGGCCCACAGCGGCGGCAAGGCGAGCUUGGACCUCGGCCGGGACUCGGGCCUUGAGCAUCCCGGCGGAUGCCGGAACAAAGCCCCGGCGAGCGGCGGCGGCGGCCCUGCUGCACCUGACAGCGGCCGAGCCCCGCUGUGCGCGCCGCCUCGGCCGCAGAGCCCCGCGGAGGCCCCGAGCUGCGACUUCGCUCCCGGACUGCGGCCUCAGCUGCUCGUCUUCUCGGAUCUCAUGCGGACUGCGGACCUGGACCGUCUGAACAGGAACCCUUUGGCUGCGGACCAGAGCUCCGGUGCGGGUUGCUCCCACUUGACUGCCAACAACAACACGCUCAAUCCCGCUGGAGUCCAGCGGGAGCAGAACCGGCUGGACGGGACCUGGUCCACGCACGCCGCCGUCCCGGUGUCCGCAGAGCCCGCGGAGCUCCGCCGCCGGCCCGAGUGGCCCCUCUUGUCGGGAGGCUCCGGCCCGCUGGCCGGCAUCACUCGGGACCGGGAGGGUGCCGUGCUGGAGCUGGCCCGCAGGUUCGGGGAGUUGGGGGUCGGCGGGGUUCCGAAGAUGCUCUUCAAGGCGGGCGAGCUCCCCCAGUGCGCGUGUCAGGGCGCACACGGGCCCGGCGAGCACGCGGACGACCCCGCCGUCACCAGCGACGCUCUGCUGGUUCUGGAAGGACUCGGGAGCGAGGACGUGGCCGGCUUGGGUCUGGAGGACGCGCAGGAGAAGAGAGACCUGCUCACCUGUUUACAAGUCCAGGUCGGCGGGCCGCCCGAAGCCCACCUGGACCCGCAGCAGCAGCACCGGGUCAGCCCGGGAGAACCCCGGGCCACCGUCCCGCUCUCGCACACGCCGACACGGAACUCACCGUGGACCGGCAGUCCCGCCCGGGGCCAUGAGGUGUCCACGCCUCGCAGGAGGCCCGACAGGUGUGCCAGCGUGCCCAGGACCCCCGGCGGCGCCGACAAGACCCUGAAAGUGCCGGGGAAGUCCAAGAAGGGCUCGCUGAAGAUCCGACUCAGCAGAUUGUUCCGGACUAAGAGCUGCAGCGGAUCCACGCACCUUCUGGACAAGAGACCCUCCGUGACGUCCUCGGUGGUCUCUGCUGGAAGUCUGCUGGACGUGCAAAGUACUUCUGGACCUGUGCUGGACUCGGACAGCCUGAACCAGCCCAGACUGACGCGGGCCCAAAGUGCCUUCUGCCCCGCCUCCUUCUCUUCCUUCACUGGUGAGACGGUCUCUCUGGUGGACGUGGACAUCUCGCGGCGAGGGACAAACACGCCGCACCCCCCCACGCCGCCGCCUCCCCCUCGUCGAAGUCUCAGCCUUUUAGAUGACAUAUGGGGUCCUCAGCCAGGUGCGUCCCUGGUGAGUGUCAUGGGGGCGUCCCUGCAGUCCCUCCCCCUGCCACUCCCCCCUCCCGCCCCUCCCUCCCACGCCACCAUGCAGCACAGCGUCAGCCUCAACGACGCCUUCCUGCGAGCACUUCCGCAUUCAAAUCCAUCGCAGGCCGACGCUCCGCCCGCCGUGAGACAGGCCCCGCCCACCAUGCUAUGUGCGCUCCGCAGGUCCGAAGCCAGCAACUUCACGGCCAGCCUGAGAGAGCUGGAGAAGUGCGGCUGGUACUGGGGUCCAAUGAACUGGGAAGAUGCUGAGAUGAAGCUGAAGGGGAAACCGGACGGAUCUUUCCUGGUCCGAGACAGUUCUGACCCGAGAUACAUCCUCAGCCUCAGCUUCCGCUCGCAGGGAGUCACGCACCACACCCGCAUGGAGCACUACCGAGGCACCUUCAGUUUGUGGUGUCAUCCCAAGUUUGAAGACCGCUGUCACUCGGUGGUAGAGUUUAUCGAGCGAGCCAUCAUGCACUCCAAGAACGGCAAGUUCCUCUACUUCCUGCGCUCCAGAGUUCCAGGACUUCCUCCCACGCCGGUCCAGCUUCUCUAUCCCGUUUCCCGCUUCAGCAACGUCAAGUCCCUGCAGCACCUCUGCAGGUUCUGCAUCCGACAAAUAGUCCGCAUCGAUCACAUCCAGGAGCUUCCACUGCCCAGGCCGCUCAUCUCCUACCUGAGUAAGUUUUAUUACUACGACCCCGAGGAAGAGAUGUACCUGUCAAUCAAAAGCAUCCGGGCGGCGUUGACCCCGGCGCGGGAGGCGGAGUCUGACACGUGAUCUCGGCUCCCGGUCCAGAGUGCUGGUCUUGCUUUGCUGCAGAGAAAGUCCUGGUCCCGGGUCCCGGGUCCAGCUGGCUUGUUGCGUGGACGCCGGAGCAGCGGUGAGGAGAGCGCCACUGAGGACACAAACUGACUCGGCCUUGGAGCUCAUCCGCUGGAUUCCAACUGCUUUCUUUGUACCGCCGUCCUCCCGCCUUUCCCCCGCCGUCUCUUUCUUCGUGCGCAAACCAGACGGUUGAAGACGCUCUCAGGGCAGAUAUACACCCUGGCGUGGUCAUGGCCCGCCAUCUUCUGUGGCGCCUCACUAGAAUCAAACACACGCCUUCCAUGCAUCGUCACUGCACGCCAUACGUGCACGCGGGCCACUUUAUUGGGUACACCUCUAAUGCCAGUCGGCACACUUUUUUCAUCCGUCAAUCAAACUUGAUCUUUGUAGCACUUUUACAGCAACAACAACUAAGAAGGGAGUGGAAAGUGGCACUAAAUACUAGAGAUGUCCGAUAAUAUCGGCCUGCCGAUAUUAUCGGCCGAUAUAUGCGUUAAAAUGUAAUAUCGGAAAUUAUCGGUAUCGUUUUUUUUAUUAUCUGUAUCGUUUUUUUUGUUGUUGGUUUUUUUAAUUAAAUCAACAUAAAAAACACAAGAUACACUUACAAUUAGUGCACCAACCCAAAAAAACCUCCCUCCCCCAUUUACACUCAUUCACACAAAAGGGUUGUUUCCUUCUGUUAUUAAUAUUCUGCUUCCUACAUUAUAUAUCAAUAUAUAUCAAUACAGUCUGCAAGGGAUACAGUCCGUAAGCACACAUGAUUGUGCGUGCUGCUGCUCCACUAAUAGUACUAACCUUUAACAGUUAAUUUUUACUAAUUUUCAUUCAUUACUAGUUUCUAUGUAACUGUUUUUAUAUUGUUGUACUUUCUUUUUUAUUCAAGAAAAUGUUUUUAAUUUAUUUAUCUUAUUUUACAAAAUUUUUUAAAAAGUACCUUAUCUUCACCAUACCUGGUUGUCCAAAUUAGGCAUAAUAAUGUGUUAAUUCCACGACUGCAUAUAUCGGUUGAUAUCGGUAUCGGUUGAUAUCGGUAUCGGUAAUUAAAGAGUUGGACAAUAUCGGAAUAUCGGAUAUCGGCAAAAAGCCAUUAUCGGACAUCCCUACUAAUUACACAUUAAAUAAAAAUAAAAUAUUUGUAUACAUAAUAAAUGAAUAAAAACACGCAAUAAUAGCCAUGAAUAAAAUAGGAAAUUACACAAUAAAAAUGAAAAAAACUCAAAAGAGUUUAUCAUGAUAAAAACCCUGAAUAAAAAGGUUUGUCUUAUACCUUUUUUUUUUAAAUAAAUAUCAACGGAUAUCAAGAAGGAUAAAUAAUGAGGUAAAAAAAUACACUUUAUUGCCAAAAGUAUUUGUCCACCUGCCUUGACUCACAUAUGAACUUGAAGUGCCAUCCCAUUCCUAACCCGUAGGGUUCAAUAUGACCUUUUGCAGCUAUCACAGCUUCAACUCUUCCGGGAGGGCUGUCCACAAGGUUGCGGAGUGUCUCGCAUUGGUGAGGUCACACACUGAAGGCCUGGCUCUCAGUCUCCGUUCCUAAUUCAUCCCAAAACGUGUUCUAUCGGGUUCAGGUCAGGACUCUGUGCAGGCCAGUCAAGUUCAUCCACGCCAGACUCUUGUCAUCCAUGACUUUAUGGACCUUGCUUUAAGGGGGUCCCGCUCCAAACUGUUCCCACAAGGUUGGGAGCGUGGAAUUGUCCAAAAUGUUUUGGUAUCCUGGAACGUUCACAAGGUUGCGGAGUGUCUUUAUAGGAAUUUUCCACCAUUCUUCCAAAAGCGCAUUGGUGAGGUCACACACUGAAGGCCUGGCUCUCAGUCUCCGUUCUUAAUUCAUCCCAAAAGAUGUUCUAUCGGGUUCAGGUCAGGACUCUGUGCAGGCCAGUCAAGUUCAUCCAAACCAGACUCUUGUCAUCCAUGUCUUUAUGGACCUUGCUUUGUGCACGGUCCUGUUGGAAGAGGAAGGGGGGCCCCGCUCCAAACAGUUCCCACAAGGUCGGGAGCGUGGAAUUGUCCAAAACGUUUAUAGAAACGGUCUUGACUUUAUACACCUGUGGUCGGGCCAAGUGAUUAGGACACCUGAUUCUGAUUAUUUGGAUGGGUGGCCAAAUACUUUUGGCAAUGUAGUGUAGGUAAAUGACACCUCCAGUGAGUGAGUGGCACACUCACUAGCUGCAUUGACACUGCACUGAUACUGCCUUGUCAUCGGCCGUCUACUCGAUGACAAAAGUCGCCACCUUUCACUUGCAAAUAAGUUAGUUAGCAAAUUCAUUCAUUCAUUCAAUCAAAGUUGACUUAUACGGCCCUACAUCACGAGUAUCUCAAAGGGCUGCACAAGCCACAAUGACAUCCUGGGCUCAGAUCCCACAUCAGAGCAAGGAAAAACUCAACCCAAUGGGAUGACAAUGAGAAACCUUGGAGGGGACCGCAGAUGUGGGUUCCCCUGUCUCUAUGUUACUCUGGCGGCAUCUAGUGGCGGAGGGGUGACAUUACACCUCUAAUAGGAUUUGGAUGUGUUUCAAAGGGAAAUGCCAGCAUUCAUGUGGUUGUCAUGGAAAAAGCGUAAAAGAACAUUGAGUGUAGUUUGAGCCCUCACUAAUAAGAUCCUCUGAGAUCAUACAAUAUUCAUGUGCCAGGGCGGGUGUCGGGGAUGCUGUACCUAAUGAAGUGGCCUUCCCACGUCAAAGUUGACAGAAUGUCUGAAAAUGUUUUAAUUGCUGAAAAACUCUUUGCGAAUCUCAGUCUGUGCAUCUGUAAUAUGAUUCACCUGUACUAAUGUGUGUGUCUCAAUCUGUGUGUGUGUGUGUGUGUGUGUGUGUGUGUGUGUGUGUGUGUGUGUGUGUGUGUGUGUGUGUGUGUGUGUGUGUGAGAUCAGAUCAGAGUGUGUUUAAAUUCAUGUGUCCGUAUUUCGACACAGAUUGAUUUACAAACACACAAACUAAUACACACACAUGCAGAUCUGAUCACACACACACACACACACACACACAAACACACACAGAUUGAGAUACAGACACAAAUUAAAACACGUACACAAGGAUCUAAUUACACACACACAAACUGCGAUAGACACACAAAUUAAAAAAAUGUACACACAGAUCUAAUUACACAAACACACACAGAUUGAGAUACAGACACAAAUUAAAACACGUACACAAGGAUCUAAUUACACACACACAAACUGCGAUAGACACACAAAUAAAAAAAUGUACACACAGAUCUAAUUACACAAACACACAGAUUGAGAUACAGACACAUUUAAACACAAACAUGUGGAUCUAAUGACACACAGAUUGAUUUACAGACACACCAAUUAAUACACGCGCAUGCGGAUCUAAUUACACACACACACACAAAGAUUGAUUUACAGACACACACAUUAAAACACGUACACUUGGAUCUAAUGAUAGACACACACGCACACACUGAUUGCGAUACAGACACAAAUUAAAACACGUACACGUGGAUCUGAUUACACACACACAAACACACACAAAGAUUGAUUUACAGACACAUUAAAUACACGCACACUCAGAUCUAAUUACACACACAGGAGGCGAUACAGACACACAAAUUAAAACACGUACACUUGGAUCUAAUUACACACACACACACACACAUAUUGAGAUACAGACACACAAAUUAAAACAAUCACGCAGAUUGAUUUACACACAAAUGAAUACACGCACAUGCAGAUCUGAGUACACACACACACACACACACACACACACAGAUUGAUUUACAGACACACAUUAAAACACACGCGGAUCUAAUUACACACACACACACACACACACAGAUUGAGAUACAGACACACUAAUUAAAACACGUACACACGGAUCUAAUUACACAGACACACACACAAAUUGAGAUGCAGACACAGAAAACA